UCUGACUCGCCAAUUUCCGCAAACCUCCUCUCUUUUAGAGGAAGUAGAAAGUUUUCCGUUUUGCACUGGUCCCCCACUGAGUUCUCCAUACUGUACUGUACAUCCUGGUUUCAUCAAUAAUUUGUUUUGCCAGUCCAGAACCUCCCAAGUGAUUGUGAUCUUCAUAUAUCUUUGUCAAUAUUUGAUUCUAUUUUUUCGUCUCUUUCCACUUUCGUUCGCUUUGUGUUUAGUUUUUUCUGCAUAUUUGGAGCUAUUCUGUUGAAUUUCGUUAGAAACGGUUUAUAAAGUUUAAAGUUCCUUAAGUGUAGGGAUUCGAAUUUUUUGGCUAACUUUUGUAUCCAAAAGUUGAGUUGAAAAGUUGCUGCUUCAGGUACCAUAUUCCUCAUUUUGUAUGGAUAAUCCGCGCGCGUCAAGUUAAUAACAUAAUUAAUAGAUUUAUAGCAAUUUGUCUGGCAUUUUACUUUUGGAAAGUUCUUUUGGGACCAAAAUAUUCAUCUUAAUGCAAAUAUAGGUAAAUUUGGACUCUUAAGUUUUGAAUUCCGUUCUAUUAUGGCUGGAACAACCUCCAGAAUUUUUUGUCUAGUCUAGUACCCUGUACGUACACCAUACAUCCCAAUUCCAUUUCGUUCCAAAUUCUAGCCCUUUUCUUGCCAAUUCCGGUUUACAUUCCAUUUUGGAUUGUUUUAGUGAUAAUUUUGUAAUUUUAUUGAGCUUAAAGGGCAUUGUUAUAAAUUACAAAUCUAGUUGGCACUCAUUUGAUUUUAAAAUCUAGAAGAGAUUAAUAUAAUUUAAUUUAAUUUUUUGUACCUUUCAAUAUGUUCCCUAAUUGUUUUUAAAUCUCAUUAUUUUCAAUAAUUUCUCAGCUCUUUAUUUUUUGAGUACUGCUACUACUAUGACUGGAUCAUCUAAAUCUUACUGCUCAGAUGAUUGAAUUGGCCUCUUGAUGCGGCACUAGAUAUAUAUAUAUAUAUAUAUAUAUAUAUAUAUAUAUAAAUAUUCAAAACAAAAGUGUGUUUGAAAAUAGAAAAUAGAAAAAGAGGAAGUACAUGAAAAUAUAUAUUCUACCUCAUUUGUAUUUGUGUUUUUAUUUUGUAUUUUAUUUGUUAAUAAACCACAUGGCAUGACAGUAUCGUCAUGUCAAGAGGGUUAUCUGAGUUAUAAGUUUCAGAUGUCCAAGUAGGAUUAUUCUUAUUUUUUUUUCUAUAUUUUCCUUUUGUGUUUCAACUCAAGUUUUUGACUCUUUAAUAUUAUAUCGACACUAAUAUUUCUACAUUUUUUAAACUUUUCAAAGUAUAUUUAUUUUAUAAAUCUUCAAUUUUUUCGUGUGUGUAUAUAUAUGGCUAAUUCUGAAUUAACUGUCAUUCUUAAAUAUAUUAAUAUCGAAAUAUUCCGUUCCAACUUAAACGAAAAUAAUUACCAGAACAUAAUUUAAAACAUUGUUGUUUGGUAGUCCACCGUGCAGGGCGUCACUUCCACUAAUUAAUUUUGUUCCUAUCAUCCUUCGACCUUUAAUUGAUUAGUACUUCUUGUAAAUUAAGGUGCACAAGAAAUUUUGCGACCAUUUGGUGCCUUGAACUAUCAAUUCUUAUAUAUAGGGCACAACUUGGGGAGGAUGUGCGAUGAAAUGCAAAUAUUCUAAUUUCAACUUGGACCUCGCUGCAGGUUUUGGCAUUGCGAGUUUUCGUGGUGCAUGAAGAAGUAAUUCCUUGGGUUGAUGAACUUUUCAGGGCUCAAUUCUUCAUUGGGAAAACCGUGUUGUUAUAACCAAGAUGAGGAGUUUGGUAAUGAGAUGCUUCAGUUUUUGCAAGGACGGGGAUAUUGAGAGGCAAGGACCCAAGAAUGAUGAUACUGGUUCAGAAAAAAAGAAAACAAUAAAAAGGGCAAUUGGGCAGGUCGUCAAUCACCCUUUGACGAAGAAAAUCAUUUCAAAAACGGCCAAAUUCUUUUCAGAAACGGCCCAAUUACCGGCGUGGUGCUUCCAUUACUUCCAUUGGGAUGUGGCGUUUUUAGUGGUCUGCGUAGUUGCAAUAGCAGUGGACCCUUUGUUCUUUUAUCUUCCUGUCAUCAACGAGGCUACCAAAUGCAUUGCUAUAGAUACCACUUUGAAAAUCACUGCUAUUUGUGUGCGAUCGUUCCUGGAUUUGAUUGCUCUUGGGGAUCUGGUUGCAAGAAAAAUAAAUAAUUGCCCUGACAUGAAGAGUUCAGACUACGUGAUUAACAUUCUCAGCAUUCUUCCAGUCCACCAGGUGUUAAUGCCAAUUAUAUUUUCAGAAAUGAAAACUUCAAAAAUCGAGAACAAAAGGAAAUUCCUAAAUGCAGUUGUUCUUUUGCAAUAUGUGCCAAGAAUUUUUCGUAUCUACAGAUUGUGGAAAAUAGUCAACGAGACCAUCAUCCUACCGAAAAGAAGUACUAAAGAGAAUGUAGAAAGCGACAAGAAUCUGAUCCCACCCAAAGGUUUUUUAGUGAUGAAAGCUGGAUUCAACCUUUUACUGUAUCUUGUUGCCAGUCAUGCACUGGGUGCCUGUUGGUACUUCUUCUCCAUCCAACGAGAGACCACGUGCUGGUACAAGCUGGCCUGUGAGCGUGAUAUUAAUGAAUGUAGCAAGGGUAUUUCUUUAGACUGUGGUACUGGUGGUUUUGGAAAUUACACGUUUUUAAAUGACUUAUGCUCUAUAGAAAACCCAAAUACUACUCUCUUUGAUUUUGGAAUAUUCGAAGAUGCCCGUCAAUCUGGUAUACUAUCGUCCAUGGACUUUCCGCGAAAGACCAUGUUUUGCUUCUGGUGGGGCCUGCAAAAUUUGAGUUCACUUGGUCAAAACCUUCAAACAAGUACUUAUUACUGGGAAAACUGCUUCACAGUUCUUAUUUCAAUCUUUGGCUUGCUUCUGUUUUUAUACUUCAUCGGAAAUCUUCAGGUAUAUAUGCAGUGGGAGGCAUCUAACGAGUUGGAGGAGAUCAAAUCUAAGUGGUUGAAAAACAAGGAGGAAAAAUUACAUAGCAUCGAGAAUUGGAUAAGCACUAUGGUCAAAACUGAUCACGAGUUAGAAAAGAAGAUCAUGGACUAUGUGAAACCAAAACUGGAAGAUCAAAACAAUAAUUUUGAUGCAGAGAAUCCAUUCCCUCAUCUUUCCGAAGAGAUUAGAAGCUUGAUUAAGAUCAAACUCUGCUCUCCCCUGCUACAGAAAGUGCCAAAAUUCCAAGAAAGUGAAGAAUUGUUGUCUAAGCAUCUCAAGCAUGUGCAGUAUAAACAGAACCGUUUAAUUGUUGGGGAGGGAAAAUCACUGAAUGAGAUGAUUUUCGUAGUAAAAGGAAUUGUGUGUACGUGUACAAGUAAUCAUGAUGAUAAAACUGAUCAGUGUCCUGAUAAAUGUGAAAUCAUCGGAGAAAAUCUUGUACAAUGGGUGCUGGAAUCUCCCAAACAAUCCAACCCUCCCUCAUCGGAAAAGAAUUUCAAAUGUCUGACAAAAGUUGAAGCUUUUCGUCUUACGGCUAGGGACCUCAAUGAUAUAUUUCAGCUACAUCCAUCCAAAGAGUGUGGCGGCGACUCAACCACUCCAUCCAUCCCGUACUUCAAAAAGAUACCAAGUCUGCUAUGCAGUCACUGCAGCCAGCAGCUCCCCAAAUAAUUUAGAUCACGGUAUCAUUUAAUAAUUAAUCUAGUUUUAUCAGAUGCUCUUGUUCUUUAUCCAAAGGCAACAUAUAGUUUGUUUAAGAGGGCUUGUAUUAUGUUGUGGAUUAAUAUUGCACUCACUUUUUUGAAGUCAUUAAUUAAAUUGCUAGUCGCUUGAUUUCCA